AAACCUUAGGAUCUGCUGCUUUGGGAGCUAGAAUGUUUAGCAAUAAAUGCCAUCGAUCCAGCAUUUUUCCGAGUUCUCAGUAUAAAAAAUUAAAUUCUGAAUCAAAUGAGUUCAGUGGUAAGUCAAACUAUUUAGAAGCAAAUGAUGAAAAUAUGAGUUCUGUUGGAAUGGACACUUUCACAGUAGAAAACAUAAGUUUUUCUCAGCCAAAGUCUUUCAAACAAAAUAAAGCAGUUGAUAAAAAUGAUACUCUAAAAAGGCAGAAAACUUUAGAAUUCCUUGAAAAGUUGUUGAAGAACUGUGACCCUGAAAUAGAAGAACAACUCAAAAAGCUAGUUAAAGAAAAAUUUGGAUUACAUAUGAAAAGUAGUCAUCAAAAAGAGGUUCUGUCAUCUAACCAAACUGUAAAUGGUAUUAUGGAAUUUCUGGAGCAACAAAGAAAUGAUUUUUUUCUGCCUUGUAAUUCUUCUAGUCUUCCCUCUUUGUCAGGCCGAAGUAAGAAUGAUUGGAGUAAACUAAGAGCUGAUAACAAUAGGAAUCUGAUAAAAUCUACUAAAGCAUUUCUUUCUAAAAAUAGAGUGACUGAAAGUACUCCUUCGUUUGUUUUGGGUGAAAGUAACUUGAAUGAAGACUCAGAUGAAGGUGUCUUCUUGCAUGGAGAGAACUGCUCAGAGAAUAAACCAGCAAGUAACUGCACUACUAGCAAUAUUUUUGAGACCAAACCUCACAAGGAUUUCUCUAAUAGUCCUCAGCAUGACAUGUGGGAUACCAUUCAUCAAGUUCUUAAUGAGCAAAAGUUAGAAAAUCAAUUUUGGCAAAAAGCAACAUCCAUAAAAAACAAUUUCAAAACAAAACUCCCUAAUUUUAUGGACACAUCAAGCACAGAAGAUUCAACAAUUAAAAAUAUACUCAAGUCAAUAGGAUUUGAUACAGAAAUGUGCAAAAGAAUGCAAGAAUGUGCCAAACAGGUAUCUGGUAUAAAUGAUCAGUUGGGGUCUGAUAAAAAUAAACGAUUAACAAACAAGUCUAAGCAUAGCCUGUCUCCUGAAAUAGAUAAAUGUGGUCUUAAAAGAGCGAAGAACAAAAUUCUGUCUUCUGAAAAGGCAUCCCAUAAAAUUCUUUUUAACAAAAAUUUCAUUGCAACUGUCCCACCUAUUGAUACAUCAGUUCCACCACCUGUUGCUAAUUUCUCAAACACAGUAACUCCCCUACCUUCUCUAGCCCCCGCUCCUUUGUCAGUACUUCAUAGUAGAUCACCUGUAUAUUCUGUGUUACCAUCUGGCCUACCAACACCUAUUGCUCCUGCCAAUUAUACUCAUGUUCCAUCUCAACCUGCAAUAGCACCAUGUGGACCAUUUUUUGCUCAGCCUCAGACAUCUACCCUUUUCCCUCAACAGUACAAUUUUAGCAAUAUGUUUGAAAAAAACACUUGUUACAGCACUUCAAAAUCUAUUAUUCCUACCACUAUACCUUGUCCACCUGUACAUUCAAACUUAAAAGUUAUACCUCCCUCCCCUGUUCCUACAUCAAAUUCUUCUAUACCAUCUGCCACAACUCCUUCAUCAUUACCUGGUUCUUCAUUAUGCAGGGAUAACUCACCCAAAACAGAUAGCUGGCUAUCUAAUAAUGAAAGGUCUUCCCAAUGGAAUUUACUUUCUCCAUCUCACAGAGAUAGAUCUCCUACAACAUCACGCCAAAAUAGGUCUCUUACACCCUGUUCAUCAAGGCAUACAUCUUACACAUUAAGAUGUGAAAGGUCUCAGGUUUCUAGCUCAUCAAAGGAAGAUAAGUCACAUAGUCCACUUUCUUUAAGGCGGGGUAGGUCACGAACACCUAGUUCUUUGAGGCGAGAUAAAUCACGAGAAAGAUCACUGACACCUUCAAAAUCAAGACGGAAAAAGUCACGAAAUCAAAAUAAACGAGAUAGAUCUAGAACACCUUAUUCUUCAAGAAGAAGCCACUCAAGAUCACCAUGUUCACUGAAAAGAGAUAAGCUAAGAUCUGUUUCUGGCAGAGGUUCAAGAUAUUCUAAAUCUAGACACAGUCGGUCACCAAGUAAACCAUGCAAUUUUCACUCUAAAAGAUCAAAGUUACUGCAUCCUGUGGAUGAAAGAUUUGCUUCUGAAUAUGAAUAUUCACCAUCUCCUCCACUUCAAAAGAGAACUGCUGUACAGUGUAAUGGUUCGACUGAAGGCAAAAAUAAUACAAGUUCACUGAAAGUGCAAGAUGUAAAAGAAAUUUUUGCCCUAAAAUCUAAAAAUUUGAAUGCUUCUACAAACAACUCCAAUAGAAAGUAUUCUUGUUUUCUACCACAUGAAAUUGAGCAGAUAAUAAAACAAAGGAUUUUGUGCAGCAGCCGUCUUGAAAUGUUGCAAAAUGAACUAGCAAUGCUUCGCAAACAACAAAAUGAAUUGAUGCGCAAGAAACAGCGUGAAAAAGAUGGUCAUAAGGAUCCUCUUUUGACUGAAAAUGCUGCUUUACAGGAAGAAGUUAGCAAUCAAGUUAAACUGCUGAAAAAGACCAUGGAAGAACUUAAUGAAACUUUGGAAAUAUCAGGAAUGUCUAUGGAGUCUUUUACUUACCAUGAAAAAUUUUAUCAGUAUUCUAAAAAAUCUUCUUUAUCUGAUCAAUUUGGAUUUAAAAGCAAAAGUCAUGAAAGUAGAGCUAAUGAAAAAAACAGAAAAACAAAUAAAUUCCAUUCACAUGGGUUUGACAAAACUGCUUCUAUACAAAAGGAGAUGUCUUGUGAACGUUUCUCUUCUCGAGAUAAUAAACCUUUACUACCUUUGGAGAUAAAAUCUUUUGCAAAAGGAAGUCAGUCCAGUGAUAAAGAUAAGUUCUCAUGGAAUAAAAGGAUGGAUGAUAGCCAGCUGCGUGAGGACAAAGAUAAGAGAACUUCUCCAUUCCCAUUAAAGUGGUCAGCAUAUUCUUCUGAAAACUUCUUGCAUAAUUUGCAUGGAAACAAGGAUAUGGCUGCUGACUAUGAUGAGACCAGAUCUAAUAAAGCUAAAGUGAGUUAUGAAUAUUUUGACCCUGGAAAUCAUUGGUGUCGUCAUUGUAAUUUGGUAACUGGAAACAUCUAUGAGCUAUUUCACCAUCUUCAGUCAAAGAAGCAUAAAGCGAAACUUGAUCACUAUGACCGUCCUUGGUUACCUGAAUCCAUAAAGAAUCCUAGUAAUAAACCAAAGAUGGGACAAGUCCAGAUGGCACCUAUUAAAGGUGUGGAGUUUCUCAUGUCAACUCAUGCUUUUUAUUGCACUUUGUGUAAAGAAUUUUCUGGUGAUGUUCUCUGUGCUGAAGCUCACUUAAAAAGUGACAGUCAUAAUACAACUUAUCAGAAACACAUUCAAGAAAAUCCAUAUUAUGAAAAGCGGUUAAACCUUGAUAAAGCAGCAGGUCUUCAGUUUUUCACUUCUGAUAAAGGAGAAAAAAGAAAAAACACUGAAGACAGUGAAAUGGAAGAAAGGAAAGAUAGUUUAAAAAAAAUUCAACAUGAUUCUAAAGAAAAUUUUUUAGAAGAGAAUAAAGAGACAGAAGCCUCCUCAAAGGAUUUAAUAAAAGAUACAAAGACUGACUCUGAAAUAUCAGCUGAAAUUUUUUCUGAAGAAAUUCAGAAAGAAAACUUUGAAAAUAAUAGUAAUAAGAAAGCUGGAGUAUCUUCCAGUUGUGAAAAUAAACAAAAGAAUGAACCAAAUGAGACAAAAGUAACAGUUUUGGAGGCAAGUUCUGCAAAAAACAAAAUUUUGGAUCAAGCAAAAUCAACUGUUCAAAGGUCAAAGAUUGCAAUUAAGCUUACUGGUAAAACAGUCAUAAAACCACUUCAGUAUCCUGUGUUACCACCUUCAAUACCUGUUGGUAAAAUGCCUGGUCGACACAAAAAGCGAAGUGUUAAAGCUGGUUUUGGUAAGAAAGUAUGGCCAGUCAAGGAAAUUGAAAACCAAUUAUCACUUGAUGACUUCCUGACAUGUUCAAAUAACCAUGGUAGUGUCCCAGUCGUUUCAGAUAUAGAAACUGAUGAAGAAAGGACUGAUAUUAAAAUAACAAAUAUUAACACUUCUGGACAAUCAGCUAAUACUUUGCUUCUACAAGAAUCUAUUGAUAAUACUGAAAAUAAGAAAUCUUCUCAGAAAUUCUUGCCAGAAUCUCACACAUCUACAACUUCUGUCUCUGUUACCCAAAUGUCUGGUAACUGUCUCCCCAUUGAUGUUUUAGCAACAGCGCCUCCCCCACCUCCCCCACCAGUAAAUGCUUAUAAGAAUUCCAGUAAUGUAUUUGGGGAUACUGAAAAUUCUGAUGUGUAUACUUUUCCAGCAGUUGGACAAAAAGCAAUUAAUAUGCAUGAAUUAAACAAAUGGAGUGAAGCUAAGAUUUCUGAAAGUAAAAAAGGAGCAAGAACUUUGUUGAACCAACAAGAAUAUGAACCACAAAUGGCAGUAUCUACUGGUGUCAGUACCAAAUCUGAAGAGUUUUCAGCAGAAGAUCUUGAUGAUAUGAGACUCCUAGGUAUUGAUCCUGCUUCUCAGGUUCCUAUGGCAGAAGUGCGCCCACCACCUUCACUUCUCUCUUUAACAGCACAUAACAUGACUAAUGGGGAUCAUAAAGUUAAGAGUAAACCCAUCAAAGACAAAAACUGUGUGGGCAAUAGUCACAAUGUUUCUUUUGUAGAUAAUAGUACCAUAUGUGAAAAAGAUGGAAAGCAACUAGAAUCUGAAUGUUUGGUUUCUUUUGAUGAAAACAAAGAGCAAUCUCCUGUUGAACCUUCUCAAGUUUGUUCAGAGACUGGGCCUUCAAAUGAUGCCACCCCAUUGGCUAGGUAAGUAGAAUAACAUUCC